AUGGAGGCAGAACGAAAUCGUCGGAAGCAACUGCUAGACACCCAAGCCCAGAUCAAUGUCGCCGAGGGCCAGAAACAACGGGUCAUCUUGGAAACUGGAAGCCAAGACACACACUUCAAGACAGUAGUGAGGGAAGCCGAGGCCCGGCAACAGCAAGCCCUUAUGGAGUCCUGUGCAAUCGCCCAGCAGGUCGAGAAUAUCGCGCGCUCGAUCGCCGCGAAAAAAGAUGACUUCCGGCCAGAAGAGCGUCAACGUGCUUUGGCGACUUUGGUUGAACUGAAACGCCUGGAACAGCUUAAAACUAUUGCCCAAAGCAAGAGCAGCUCGACAUACUUCUUUGGCGACAAGCCGGCGCUGGGCGUAUCGAGCGAUGUCAACGUCGAUUAUUCGAGUCGGGUCAAAAGGGUGUUAUAA